UGAUUAGGUUUAGUUCUAUCUCACCAAAUAUGUAUCUUAAUUUCACACAGCUGAAAGUAAACAUGAAAUAAAAUAUAGGAUAAAUUUUAUAUACACUUAGAUUCGUACCUUAUCUAUCAGUAUGAUGUUAAUUUGUAGUAAGCAACAGGCUGUAGUGCGUGUUGGUGACCGUGUUUACUAAUAAGACGUUAAAAAGUAAUUAAAAAUGAUAAAAUCAUUAGUGUCUAUCGUAAAACUAACAAGUAAAAGUAACAUUUUAGAACAAGUUAGAUAUGCGUCACAAGCACUCCCACAGCUGUCUUCGGAAAAAUACAAUAUACAAAGGAAACCUUUUGGCACUAUAGAAUCAUCAGAUGUUGGUCAUUUUCGAUCAAUACUGGGUGCAGAGCGGGUGUUGACGGAAGAAAGUGAUGUGUUGCCUUAUAACAUAGACUGGAUAAAGAAUUGCAGAGGACAGUCGAAGGUUGUAUUAAAACCAAGGAAUACAAAUGAGGUUUCAACGAUCAUGAAGUAUUGCAACGAGAGAAGACUUGCGGUAUGUCCUCAGGGUGGCAACACUGGCCUCGUCGGCGGCUCCGUACCAGUGUUCGACGAGAUCGUCAUAAGUUUUGCACUCAUGAACAAAAUCGUAACCCUUGAUGAUCUCUCAGGGGCUUUAGUUUGCGAAGCGGGUUGUAUUUUGGAGAAUCUGGAUAACUAUGUCCGCGAACGAGGUCUGAUCAUGCCGUUAGACUUGGGAGCCAAAGGGACUUGCCACAUCGGAGGGAACGCUAGCACUAACGCUGGUGGUCUGAGGCUACUGCGCUAUGGUAACCUACAUGGAUCUAUCCUUGGAAUUGAAGCUGUGAAAGCAGAUGGCACUAUCAUAGAUUGCCUCAGAUCGCUAAAGAAGGAUAAUACAGGGUACCACUUGAAGCAUCUCUUUAUAGGAUCUGAGGGUACUUUAGGAUUCGUUACUAAAGUUGCGAUCCACUGUCCGGUGCUACCGAAGGCUGUGAAUUUGGGAUUCUUUGGUGUCAAAAAAUUUGAGGAUGUUUUGAAACUAUACAAAAGUGCGAAAUCAAGCCUAGGCGAAAUUCUGUCUGCAUUUGAAAUGGCAGAUUUCGAUUCCAUAGACUGCACUGUCAAAAAUCUAAAACUACCAAACCCCAUUUCGGAGUAUCCGUUCUACGUUUUAGUGGAGACCCAUGGGAGUGACGAAGCUCAUGAUAACGAGAAACUGACGAGGUUCCUCAACAAGGAAAUGGAAACGGGACUCAUUGUAGACGGGACUGUCACGUCAGAGCCAGCUAAAAUGCAGACAAUUUGGAACUUGCGUGAAAGUAUUGCUGGAGCAGGAUUAGUUGGUGGCUACAUAUUUAAGUACGAUGUUUCAAUUCCGCUGAAAAAUUACUACGAUCUUGUGCCAAUCUUGAGAAAGAAACUCGGCGAUAAGGCCUUGAAAGUCUUUGGUUAUGGUCAUGUCGGUGACGGAAACAUUCACAUCAACGUCACGGUACCACAAUAUACCAAAGAAGUGUCGUCUCUGCUAGAACCGUUCAUAUUUGAAGAAGUAAGCAAACUAAAUGGUUCUAUUAGCGCUGAACAUGGAAUCGGCUUCAGGAAACCUAAGUUCAUACAUUACAGCAAGGACCAGUCUGCACUUCAACUUAUGAAGGACCUCAAACAGUUGAUGGAUCCUAAUGGAAUUCUUAAUCCAUACAAAGUAUUACCUGACCACCAAGCUUAAUUUAUAUUGAAAGAUUUAUUAUUUACCCCUUUAACUAAUUGUAUUGCUAAAUCUCUAUUAAAGUUAACCAUUACGUAUGACAUAUCUAUCACAAACAACAAUAAUAAUGUAGAUAGCAGGGUUGCGUAAGAUAUACGAUACUCAUAAGUUUAACUGAUAAUAACCAGUAUGCUGUAUACAGUGUACAAUAAAUAAUGAAAACAAUUUA